AUGAAAUUCUCGUUUUCCAUUGUCGUAUGCUUGGCUGCUGUUGGCUCGGCGUCCUCCAUUGCGAGCACUACCGCAACAACGAUGAGGGCCAUCAUGGGCGACUUCUCCAAGCUUGGACAACAGUACGCAAAAAUCGUCGACGAUGUUAAUGCUUUCCCUCAAUCUGGCAUGGCGGGUGUUCAAGUAAUACACGACGAUUUAACCAUCAUCGACACACUCUUCCAAAAUGUUAAUGACAAUCUAGACGCUCUUCCGAGACCAGUAUCUAACGAGAAUUCCCGCAAAAUAUUUUCUACGUAUAACAGCCUUACCCCUAACAUCUUGGACUAUCUCAACGGCAUCACGGACAAAGCCGCUGACUUUAAAUCCCUUGACUCGGCAUCCGCUAUCAUUUCCUCGGAUUUAAUCGGCGCUAAUGGGGCCUGUGUCCAUUUCGGCGAAACAUUGAUGGCAAUAAUUCCUCCUGUUAUGACGGAUGCUGCGAACAUUAUGCUCAACGGGGUUGACGUUGCAAGAGACAACGCCAUUGCUGCUCUUGCUUAA